AUGGGCAACGUGUGCAGGCGCCUCUGGGAGUACUUGCAGCCCUGUCUGCCCUGCUUGUUCCAGGAGGCAGACAAGCCAACGGUGAUCGCGAAUCCAGGGGCCCACUGCCCUCCUGAUGUUCCUCGGCCCCCGAAGCAGGAGCCUGAGAGAAGACAGGGCUCCUACUUCGUAGCUCUGUUUGAUUAUCAAGCUCGGACUGCAGAGGACCUGAGCUUCCGUGCGGGGGACAAGCUCCAAAUUCUGGACACUUCCCACCAGGGCUGGUGGCUUGCCAGGCACCUGGAGAAAAGGGGAGACAGAUCUAGCCAGCAACUCCAGGGCUAUAUUCCGUCUAACUAUGUUGCUGAGGACAGGAGUCUACAGGCAGAGCCGUGGUUCUUUGGAGCAAUCAAAAGAACAGAUGCUGAGAAACAACUAUUGUAUUCAGAAAAUCGGACAGGUGCUUUUCUUAUCAGAGAAAGUGAAAGUCAGAAAGGCGAUUUCUCCCUUUCAGUUUUAGAUGAAGGAGUUGUCAAACACUACAGAAUCAGAAGGUUAGAUGAAGGGGGAUUUUUCCUCACCAGAAGAAGAACCUUUUCAACACUAAAUGAAUUUGUGAGCCACUAUACGAGGACAAGUGAUGGUCUGUGUGUCAGACUGGGAAAACCAUGCUUAAAGAUACAAGUCCCAGCUCCUUAUGAUUUGUCUUAUAAAACCGCGGAUCAGUGGGAAAUAGACCGCAAUUCCAUACAACUUCUGAAGCGACUGGGAUCUGGUCAGUUUGGUGAAGUGUGGGAAGGUCUAUGGAACAAUACCACUCCAGUAGCUGUGAAAACUUUAAAACCAGGUUCAAUGGAUCCAAAUGACUUCCUGAGGGAGGCACAGAUAAUGAAGAAUCUAAGACAUCCAAAGCUCAUCCAGCUUUAUGCUGUUUGCACUUUAGAAGAUCCAAUUUAUAUUAUUACAGAGUUGAUGAGACAUGGAAGUCUGCAAGAAUAUCUUCAAAAUGAUGCUGGAUCAAAAAUUCAGCUGAUUCAGCAGGUAGACAUGGCAGCACAGGUUGCCUCUGGAAUGGCCUAUCUGGAGUCGCAGAACUAUAUCCACAGAGACCUGGCUGCCAGAAAUGUCCUAGUUGGCGAACAUAAUAUUUACAAGGUGGCCGAUUUUGGACUUGCAAGAGUUUUUAAGGUAGAUAAUGAAGACAUCUAUGAAUCUAAACACGAAAUAAAACUGCCGGUGAAGUGGACUGCACCUGAAGCCAUUCGCUCUAAUAAAUUCAGCAUUAAGUCUGAUGUGUGGUCAUUUGGAGUUCUUCUUUAUGAAAUCAUUACUUAUGGCAAAAUGCCUUAUAGUGGUAUGACAGGUGCGCAGGUAAUCCAGAUGUUGGGCCAAAACUAUAGACUCCCUCAACCAUCUAAUUGUCCCCUACAGUUUUACAACAUCAUGCUGGAGUGCUGGAAUGCAGAACCCAAGGAACGGCCAACAUUUGAGACACUGCACUGGAAACUCGAAGACUACUUUGAAACAGACUCUUCAUAUUCAGAUGCAAAUAAUUUCAUCAGAUGAAUGUUGAAGACUAAUAAGCAAGAAUGGAGUAAAAACAAAAGUGAAUAAUCAACCCAGAAAUACAACCUUCUCAAGUAACUGUGAAAUCAGGUUAUACUGACAUUUCCAGGUGAUAGGGUAUCUUUGGCCAUGCAUUAUAAGAUAUUCUAUGAACAUUCUAUAGACUAGGCAAUACUGCAGGAUAAGCUCAGAUGAUAUGACAUUUUCUCACUGCCUGGCAAGUAAAACAGAAUAAGCAAAGAGAUUUUUUUUCCUUUUCUUUUCAGAAGACACAUUUCUAUUUAUUGUUGGAAAUACCGAUCAAGAGAAUCAACAGAUGAUAGUCGGUUUUUACUCAGUGACUGUUGUUGCAUUAUCCUGUUUACUGAUUAGGGUGGUUAUUCAUUAUUCCUCAGAGAGCUGAAUCCCAUCAGGCUGUUAUUAUGAAGGAAUCUGAUUGCUUUGCUGCACAGCAGGACCUGUGCUUUGAGGUUUUUUCCCUUUCUUUUUUAUCCCUUUUAAAAUCUCCUGUGACUACAAUGAUGGUAAAGCCAUGCUAAAUG